GCAAUUAAUUUGCCAUUCUAUUGACCGCUCAGUGUGGCAUCCGAUGCCCUGCUCUGCUGCCAUAUAAUUAUUUGUACAAAGGAGAUCAUUUCUGAAUGAGUAACAGUUUUCAACGCGUAUUUUCAUCGGCAAGCCUCAAAUUGAGCUCCCAAGAUUGAGGCAAUGAAUUCUACACGUUGCCACGCUGUCUAUUCCGGUAUACUUGUGACUGCAGCUGUUGUCCUAUGGUGUAUGCUCUUUCAUUUCUGCGGGGAAAAUACCAACCCAAAUCAUUUAGCCUUGCCAACUCUUCUCAGUCAGCCUGGAUUAUGGUUCGUCAGCACAUCGUGCAUCUGGGUGGAAUGGUGGUGCGAUUGCAAAGGGGAUGGACCCGGGAAGGAGGAUGAAAAGAAUGCAGAUUUACCACAGUCAACAAAUGAUUACGUUCUACCUCGCUUGACCCAACCGCCUAAAGCAAUAGCCAUUGGAACGUCGUACGCGAUUGUCCAGUGGCAAAAACAGCAUACCGGCAAUGGGCCCAUAUGUGCCUACGCAGUUGACAGGCAAUUGAUCGGCAAAGAUGUCCCAUCAUGGUCGACGGUUGGUUUUGUGUCUGAGCAAUCGGGAUCCCAGUCCGGAGAAGAGCUUACAUUCAACAUAACUGGCCUGAAACCCGAGAUGGGAUACCGUGUAUCAGUGAGACCUGUCCUUUGCGACGGGGCACGGGCAUUUGAAGUUGGCGAGGGACCGUUACUUUUUCUAAAAACGCACUCCAUUGGUAAGUCUUUAAACUAUUUGUAG